AUGGCAGACGCCGAGACCGGCACCGCACCAGUCGCUCUCUUCAAGAAGCGAGGCGCAAAGGGCAAGGCGAACCUGCGCAAGCGACCGGCAACUCCUCCCCCGGCCGCCAGCGACAGCGACAGCGACUAUUCAUCCUCAGAAGACGAGGCCGGCCAGAGAGUCAAGCGGCGCAAGAAGACGGCCGUCGUCACCGCCGCUGCAAGGGGAGCCGCGCCCAGCAACCAGGACGGCGGCUCUGCGGUCUUCACGGCAGACAGAAGCGUGCCCAUUGCCGACAGCAACGACGCGACCAAGCAGAGCAACUGGUACGACGAAAACGCAAGGGACGCGCUGUCGGCGAAGAACCUCCUCGGCUCGGCUCGAGCUUCAAAGGACGACCAGCCCGAUGGCACAUACAAGGGACUGGCGAACCAGACUUCAUUUAUACAAAAGAACCCGGACGCUCCCCGCAAGACUGUUGGCCCUGUCAAGGCGCCUACAAACAUCAGAACCGUCACGAUAACGGACUACGCCCCUGAUACGUGUAAAGAUUACCGCAUCACCGGGUUUUGCGGUUACGGUGAUAAUUGUCAGUACCUGCAUUCUCGAGAUGAUCUCAAGGCAGGAUGGCAAUUGGAUCAGGAAUGGGAAAAAGUCACCAAGGGCAAGAAGAACCUCGGAGGAACCGUGGUGGCCAGCGCGAACCGGAGCAAGUCAAAGGCAGAGGAUGAGGACGAGGACGACGAUGCGAUUCUCGAGAGCAUUCCGUUUGCCUGCAUCAUCUGCCAGGAAUCCUACAAGGAGCCGAUUGUCACAAGGUGUGGGCACUACUUUUGCUUGCCGUGCGCUCUUCAGAGAUACAGGAGAGACCCAACGUGUGCGGCAUGCGGAUCAGGGACGAAUGGCGUGUUUAACUCGGCGACGAGACUGAAGAAGCUGCUGGAGAAGAAGCGAGAGAGGGCGGCAAAGAGGAGACAGGAAGCCAUUGAGAGAGGGGAAGAAGUGAGUGAUGAAGAGGAAGAAGAAGAGGAAUGA